AGCUUGCACUUCCGGGCCAGCCGGUUCCGCGCGUCUCCGCCCAUGAUGGCGCUCGUCCCAGUGUCCCGUGGGCUACCCGCUCCUGUCCUUAUGUCCUUUGGGCUGGUGCAGGCCAGAUCUUCUAGGGCUGUAGCCCUAAGAGGAGCGCCUGGAGAGGAAACGGCGCGCCAUGCACCUCACGCGGCCCCUCAGACCUCACGGCGAGGCCCUAUCGGGGUAAUGGGGUCCGCGGGACCCACACAAGACUCUGCCGCGGCGACCUCUACUGAAAGACCCCCAGCCCUGGGGGCGCCCGAAGGCCCAGGAAACUGCUUCCGCGCUUCUCCCCCAGAACGUGGGAAGCUGCCGCUUUACCCUCAUUUUACCCCUGGGUCGCAAAACAUCUCACCGUCGAUGGAACCCGCAAGCCAGACCCGGCGUCCCGGCCAAGCCCCGCGCGGCUAGUGCGCGCCCCGCCCCUGGGGAGGAGCCGGCCGACCCCCGGCCACUUAGCUAGAGCCGCAGGCGACGGGGUGCGGUGCGGCGGUCCCAGCUGCCUCUCCUCACUGCUUGCUCCUGCUCCUCCUCUUUUCUCCCCUCCCCGUGUUCUUCCCGCCGCCUGACCUAGCCCGCCCGCCUUUCCAGUCUGGCCGGGCGGGGGCCUUAAUAAGCACGGCGGCUCGGGCCGUGGGACCGUGGUCACACCUUUUCCAGAAAUUUUUGACUGGUAACUGCGAAACCGACUGGAGCUGGGAGAACUGCAGAAAACUGCUCUAAUCUCACUUGACUCCAGCUGGGAGCUGAUACUGCAUCGUGAUAACAUUUGCAAAGCUCUCUCACAGGCUCUGGAGUGACUCGUGUGAGAUUCGUCCAGAACUGAGCCCUUUGUUGGAACCAUACCCCAGCCCAUGGUCCCAUGACUCAGUGGAUAGUACUCCUUGUACCUCCUGCGACCCAGAACCCUGGCUGACCACUUCGAAGGAGGAUGCUCCAGCAGGUCAAUGGCCACAAUCCGGGGUCUGAUGGCCAAGCCAGGGAAUACCUCAGAGAAGACCUGCAGGAGUUCCUGGAUGGGGAGGUCCUGCUGUACCAGCUGGAUGACCUCACCAGGGUGAAUCCUGUGACGCUAGAGACAGUCCUCAGGUGCCUUCAGGCCCGGUACAUGGCAGACAGAUUCUACACCAAUGCUGGCUGCACCCUGGUAGCUCUGAACCCCUUCAAGCCCAUUCCUCAGCUCUACUCGCCCGAGCUAAUGAGAGAGUACCAUGCUGCACCUCAGCCCCAGAAACUGAAGCCCCAUGUGUUCACUGUGGGUGAACAGACCUACAGGAAUGUCAAGAGCCUGAUUGAACCAGUCAACCAGUCCAUUGUUGUCAGUGGAGAGAGUGGUGCUGGAAAGACAUGGACGUCUCGCUGCCUAAUGAAGUUCUAUGCUGUGGUGGCCGCCUCACCCGCAUCUUGGGAGACCCACAAGAUUGCAGAGAGGAUAGAACAGAGAAUCCUGAACUCCAACCCUGUCAUGGAGGCUUUUGGGAAUGCAUGUACGCUGAGGAAUAACAACAGCAGUCGCUUUGGAAAGUUCAUCCAGCUCCAGCUGAACAGGGCUCAGCAGAUGACUGGAGCCGCAGUCCAGACCUACCUCCUAGAAAAAACUCGAGUGGCCUGCCAGGCUUCCAGUGAGAGGAACUUCCACAUCUUCUAUCAGAUUUGCAAAGGAGCCAGUGAGGACGAGAGACUCCAGUGGCACCUCCCUGAGGGAGCCGCCUUCUCCUGGCUGCCCAACCCAGAGAGGAGCUUAGAAGAGGAUUGUUUUGAGGUGACCAGAGAGGCUAUGCUCCAUUUGGGCAUUGACACCCCUACCCAGAACAACAUCUUUAAGGUCCUAGCUGGACUGCUGCACCUUGGCAAUAUCCAGUUUGCUGCCUCCGAGGAUGAAGCCCAGCCCUGCCAGCCAAUGGAUGAUGCCAAGUGCUCUGUCAGGAAGGCAGCGUUGCUACUGGGGCUCCCAGAGGACAUGCUGCUGGAGACGGUGCAGAUUAGAACCAUCAGGGCAGGAAGGCAGCAGCAGGUGUUCCGGAAGCCCUGCCCCCGAACCGAGUGUGACACCCGCAGAGACUGCCUGGCCAAACUGAUCUACUCGCGGCUGUUUGACUGGCUGGUAUCAGUGAUCAACAGCAGCAUCUGUGCAGACACCGACUCAUGGACCACUUUCAUAGGCCUGCUGGAUGUGUAUGGAUUUGAGUCAUUUCCUGACAACAGUCUGGAACAGUUGUGCAUCAACUACGCCAAUGAGAAGCUGCAGCAGCACUUUGUGGCUCACUACCUAAGGGCCCAGCAGGAGGAAUAUGCAGUUGAGGGCCUGGAGUGGUCAUUCGUCAACUACCAGGACAACCAGGCCUGUUUGGAUCUCAUUGAGGGGAGCCCCAUCAGCAUCUGCUCCCUCAUAAAUGAGGAAUGCCGCCUCAAUCGACCAAGCAGCGCAGCCCAGCUCCAGACACGCAUUGAGACUGCCCUGGCAGGUAGCCCCUGCCUGGGCCACAAUAAGCUCAGCCGGGAGCCCAGCUUCAUUGUGGUGCAUUAUGCGGGGCCUGUGCGGUACCACACAGCAGGCCUGGUGGAGAAAAACAAGGACCCUGUCCCACCUGAGCUGACCAGUCUCCUGCAACAAUCCCAGGACCCCCUGCUCAUGGGGCUGUUUCCUACUAACCCCAAAGAGAAGACCCAGGAGGAACCCUCUGGCCAGAGCAGGGCCCCUGUGUUGACCGUGGUAUCCAAGUUCAAGGCCUCACUGGAGCAGCUUCUGCAGGUCCUACACAGCACCACGCCCCACUACAUUCGCUGCAUCAAGCCCAACAGCCAGGGCCAGGCACAGACCUUCCUCCAAGAGGAGGUUCUGAGCCAGCUGGAGGCCUGUGGCCUCGUGGAGACCAUCCAUAUCAGUGCUGCUGGCUUCCCCAUCCGGAUCUCUCACCAAAACUUUGUAGAACGAUACAAGUUACUGAGAAGGCUUCGUCCUCACACAUCCUCUGGCCCCCACAGCCCAUAUCCUGCCAAAGGGCUCCCUGAAUGGUGUCCACACAGCGAGGAAGCCACGCUUGGACUUCUCAUCCAGGACAUUCUCCACAUUCUGCCGGUCCUAACUCAGGCAGCAGCCACACCUGGUGACUCAGCUGAGGCCAUGCCAGCCCCCAUGCACUGUGGCAGGACCAAGGUGUUCAUUACUGAUUCCAUGCUGGAGCUUCUGGAAUGCGGGCGUGCCCAGGUGCUGGAGCAGUGUGCCCGCUGCAUCCAGGGUGGCUGGAGGCGACACCGGCAUCGAGAGCAGGAGCGGCAGCGGCGGGCCGCCAUGCUCAUCCAGGCAGCCAUUCGUUCCUGGUUAACUCGGAAACACAUCCAGAGGCUACAUGCAGCUGCCACAGUCAUCAAGCAUGCGUGGCAGAAGUGGAGAAUCAGAAUGGCCUACCUUGCUGCUAAAGAACUGGAUGGUGUGGAAGAAAAACACUUCUCUCAAGCUCCCUGUUCCUUGAGCACCUCGCCGCUGCAGACCAGGUUCCUGGAGGCAAUAAUCCGCCUCUGGCCCCUGGGACUGGUCCUGGCCAAUACAGCAAUGGGUGUAGGCAGCUUUCAGAGGAAAUUAGUGGUCUGGGCCUGCCUCCAGCUCCCCAGGAGCAGCCCCAGUAGCUACACUGUCCAGACAGCACAAGAAGACCAGGCUGGUGUCACAUCCAUCCGAGCACUGCCUCAGGGAUCGAUCAAGUUUCACUGCAGAAAGUCUCCACUGCGCUAUGCUGACAUCUGCCCUGAACCUUCGCCCUACAGCAUUACAGGCUUUAAUCAGAUUCUGCUGGAAAGACACAGGUUGAUCCAUGUGACCUCUUCUGCCUUUACUGGGCUGGGUGAUCCUUGGUGCCUUUGUUUCCACAAGGCCUUUUCCUGCCAGCUGCCUUGCCAAAGACAUUUAAUCAGCACACAGCUGCCAGACUAUUCCCACAGUGCUCCAAAUGCACAUGAACAACAGUAACGGCUCCAGCCUUCAAGCCAGGGCCCCAUGCCCAGUGCAUCAGUGGGCCUGGGGCUCCAGGCUACAUCAAGCACUGAUGGUGUCAGGGCUGGUAGUUAGCAAACCAGGGUUAAGAAGCAUCAGGGCCACAUUUCACUACCUUCACAGAUCAAACUCAGCAGCAGUCAUGACUGACUGUCACUACAGUGGGGACCCCAAUUCCACAUAAGCACUUUUGGAAGAAAACAACCAAAGUUGGCCUAAAAUUGGCGCUGGGGAAAAUUUUGUGGUUAUUUCCUUUAAAAAGGAACAAAACUUUAGUAUUUAAUAAGUUGAUUUAUUUAAUGUAAUUUCAAACGAUUAUGAAUAAUGCAAUGUACAGUAGAAUCACAUCCUGAUUUUAUUUAGUAACACUGACCAAGUUUAACUCCAUAUGAAGUGUAAAGCUUGGUAUCAUUUAUGAUGUCUAUCAACUGUACCAAAAGUAAAACAUUUAAAAACAA